AUGGCCCGCACUCACGCACCCUGCGCAGAUGGCCCGCACUCACGCACCCUGCGCAGAUGCCCCGCACUCACGCACGCUGCGCAGAUGCCCCGCACUCACGCACGCUGCGCAGAUGCCCCGCACUCACGCACGCUGCGCAGAUGGCCCGCACUCACGCACCCUGCGCAGAUGCCCCGCACUCACGCACCCUGCGCAGAUGCCCCGCACUCACGCACCCUGCGCAGAUGCCCCGCACUCACGCACCCUGCGCAGAUGCCCCGCACUCACGCACCCUGCGCAGAUGGCCCGCACUCACGCACCCUGCGCAGAUGCCCCGCAUUCACGCACUGGCCGGCUGCAGAGAUGAAGAAAGAGAAAAAGGUGAUAGCGCAAACUUUAGGUUCUACUUUUACUUUUUUGCUAAAUCUUUACAAAUGGCUCCUAUUUUCAGUAAUAUCAUUUAACUGUGGACCCUGGAUACAGUAAAUAUAAAAUAUAGCAUAGUGUGUACUGUUGGAACAGAAUAGAAUAUAGUGAGAAAAAAUGGCACAAUCCCAAUUUCCAGAGCCAAAUAAGUUACUCUGAACUAUAGAAGCAUUUCAUCCAUUUAUUGGGAUUGCCGGGUCUGUUGGAUCUUCCCUGAUUGGCAAGCGUGAAACAUCUCUCCAGGAACUCAGGAACCGGGUACAGGUUGUUAAAAAGGAAUUUAUUACAUCAAAUAUAAAAUGGCACAAUGUGUUUUGACCAUAUGUGGUCUUCGUCAGGUGCAGUUUGUCUUACCCAUAAAUACCCCUCUGCCAGGUAUAGAGCAGGUGUGGCUACUGCCUCGGUAAAUGAAUGCCCAAAUAUGGCCAUGGCUGGAAGUUGUCUGCCACCACUAAGAUGGUGAUCCUUCUGGUUUCGGCAUUGCCCUAAAUAGCCACCUCCAACGUGGCUAAAAAGUCUCCUGUCCGAGGUAUUCCAAGAUGGUAAAAGGUCUCUUUCUAAUAUUCUGGGUUACCAAGAUGGCGGUGCGUCCACCUCCGGGGACAUACUUCCAUCCCGUUCUCAGGGACACAGCCAUCGCAUCACUCUCUAUUUGUGUGCAGUCAUUGAUAUAUUACAGCAGUAA